AAAACCAUUUACACAUAUAAAUAAUCAGCACGUUUUGACCAAUUUUGGUCUGAGUUAUGCAGUAGAGAUAAUUUUUGAAAAACAACAUUUCAAUGAUUCAAAAUGUGUUCACGUUUGAUACAUUUCACUGUACUAUACACAAAUAUAUAUCGAGGUCAUUGGAUUCCAGGACAGUAUACUUUCAACAGUUAAAGCAUUUGGAUUGAGUUUUCAAAAUCAUGGGACAUUUAAAAGUGUUCAUGCUUUGUUGCAUGAUGAUGGUUGUUUUUCCGGUGCCUUGUCAUGGAAGUAAAAUAUUAAUGUAUCCUCUUGAUGCAGGCUAUAAUAGCAGACUUAUGAACAUGUUUAAACUCGGCAGAAUGCUCAUUAAGGCCAACCACCAGAUCACAUUUGUUGUUUCCGACAGAAUGAAAGAAGAUGCUUUGUUUAAAUUGGCAGAGGGAGGAAAAGUGGAUUCUAACCUUAAUGUAAUCAGCUAUAAAACUCCACCAGUGGAUCCGACAGUAAUGCACGUGAGUACUGAGAACCAGGACUUUCUUGAAGCAUUGAUCAUAAGGGACUUUGCACAGACUUUGAAUCUUUUUGGUCAAGCAUUAAGUAUUGCACUGAAUAGCACACUUCAGGAUAAAACUGUCAUUGACCAAUUGAAUGCACAACAGUUUGACCUUAUUAUUGCGGAUGAAUUUUCACUGUAUCCAAGAGUCAUUGCUGCAGAAAGAAACAUUCCGAUCAUAUUGUAUUGCAAUUUUGGCCCCAUGUCUUCUGAUUCUGAUAUCAUUCCGAGGUACAGUUUGGCAUAUGUAAAUGCAAAUUUCAAUAGAUUCAGUGAUGUUAUGACAUUUCUUCAAAGGCUGGAAAAUGUAUGGGAUUAUCUAAAAAUUCAAUGGGAAAUGUCUGGUAUCUACACAUUAGCAGAAGCUGUUUGCCAAGAACAUGGUUACGGGAAGUCUUGUGACAAUAUCAGGGGGAUCCACAAGACUGUUAACCUUGUGCUCAUGAACAGAAAUGAUGUUACUUAUUACCCUGCACCCUAUAUGCCACAUAUUAUUUCCUCAGAAGGGUUCUUCCUUGAUAAACCAAAACCUUUGGAUAGUUACUACACAGAUGUUAUAAAAAGGUCAGGAAGAGAUGGUAUCAUCGUGGCUAGCUUUGGGUCAAUGUUCCGGAGAUUAGCACCGAAAUAUCGCACCAUUUUUGCUGAAGCAUUUUCUAAAAUGCCGCAAACUGUAAUAUGGAGCUACGAAGGUGAAACACCAGAAGGUCUUGGAGAUAACACAAUUGUUUCAAAAUGGAUUCCUCAAACUGAUCUACUGGCAAAUCCUGCAGUUAAACUGCUCAUAACACAGUGCGGGGCUUCUUCAUUAUUUGAGGCAUUAAACUGUGGUCUUCCUGUUGUUGCGAUUCCCUUUAUUGGGGACCAGGAGUACAAUUGUCUUAAACUUGCGGACAGAGUCAAAUCAGCCAAGUUUGUCAAGUUGAAAACUAUUACGAGUGAACAACUACAAAGUGUAAUGGAAGAGGCUAUAAAUGAUAAAACAUACAGAGCAAAUGCAAGGAAAGCCACAUCAAUAUAUCAUGACCAACCCAUUGAUCCAAGAAAUAAAACAUUGUUUUGGAUUGAGUAUGUCAUUCGCCAUAAAGGAGCAGCACACUUGAGAUCAGCUGGGGAAAAUCAGCUGAACUUUUUUCAAUAUUAUCUUCUCGACAUAGCUGGAUUAGUUGCAGUCAUUUUGUUUACUGCUUUGAUAAGUUUGAUUGUGAUCCUGAAAGCAGUAAUUAAUUGCUUGCUAAAAACUUUAAAACAUAAAAAGGACUAAAUUCACAUUUUAAAGACAAUAUGUAAUACUUCACAUCUUGAUGUCAUUAUUACUUUUAGAGGUACUGUACUCCAACUUAUAUCCGAUAGUAUUAAAUUUCUUGUUUCAAAGCUAUUAUAUUUAACUUAUUUUCAGUUUUUAAUUUACAACUAUUGGAAUUUCGCAGCUAUUAUAUUUUGCUUAUCCAAACCUUUGAAACAGUGCAAUAUAUAGUUGUACGCAAAAAAUACCAGGAGUACAGUUUAUCAUAAAAUGAUAAAAUAACAAUCACUUAUUAAAAUGGUUGCCCUAUUUUUCAAAAUAUGAUCUUUGACUAAUCAGCAUCAUUAUAAGAUAAUUAAUAAAAACCAUUUUAGUCAAUACUAAAAUGGUCUCGAAAUGAUAUAUAUUAAAAACUGCUGAGAUAACAAAACUUGUAUUUGUAAUCAUAUUCAUAUGGGACAUUUACAAAAGUACACAAAUUGAUAACUCUCUCAUAUAUAGCCACAUAAAUUAUUGUAUUCUUAUCUGGCGAAGAGCAACUAAAGCUUUAGUGUUUCAAAUUCUGAAAGUACAAAAAAGAUUCUAAAGACUGAUUACAAACAGUGCUAGAACAGACGAUUCCUCUCCACAAUUUAAGAAAAUAAAGAUACUUAAAUUAGUAGAUAUUCACAAGCUAAAUGUUGGUAUUUUUGUAUUUAAUUGUCUUGAACGACCAAAAGAAUUUCCUCACUACAGUACUUCAUAUCAAAUGCCCAAACUCAUGGACAGGGACACGUUACAGAUUCAAUCUUAGAUCUAAUCAAUUUAAAUCCACAUUUGGACAAAGGACCAUUAAAUACAGAGGACAGACAAC